AUGACCUGUAACCUUCGCAAAGUACCACGUCUUUUUGAGAGAAGCGACAACUGGACGCAAGUGCGAGUUAGGCGGGCCGAUGUUUUCCUUUCACGGACUUCUUUGCCUGGGAACGUACGGCUCGCCUCACACUUUGCGAAAGAAAGCAACAAGUCGAAAGGCGAGGCAAGCAUUGAACCAAAUGCAUUGCUCCAACAAUUGCAAGCGCGCGGUUUGCUGCAAGACCUAACGUCUCGAGCGGUACAUCAACACUUAUCCUCAGCAAAGCGAACCAUCUAUCUCGGCGUAGAUCCAUCGGCAUCAAGUUUGCACGUCGGCAAUUUGUUGCCUCUGCUGGCCCUCGUUCAUUUUACUCUCGCUGGGCAUUCUGCUUUGCUGCUGGUCGGCGGCGCCACCGGUUCGAUUGGCGACCCAUCUGGACGGUCGAAAGAGCGCAAUGCGCUUGAUCCCGAGACGUUGAACGAUAAUAUCAAGAGCAUAGAAACUCAAGUCAACAAUAUUCUUCACAAUGUUCAAGGCUAUCUCGAGCGCAGAAGAGUCUCGUAUUCCAGAGACACGAAGCCAACAACGUUGGAGAGAGCUAGUGUUGCAUCUGCUGAUAUGCCAUCUGCGCGCCUUCGAAUAGAAGUGAUCAAUAAUGCUGAAUGGUACCAAGGCGUAGGGGUCUUGCGAUUCUUGACCGACGUGGGCCGCUACGCAAGGAUGUCCGAUAUGCUGGCUCGUGAGAGCGUUGCUUCGCGGCUUGGCGCACGGAACAGCUCCGACGACCAAAGUAGCGAGCCCAUCGGAAUGAGCUUCACAGAAUUCUCAUACCAGCUUCUGCAAGCGUACGACUUCAGCGUGCUUCAUGAUGGACCAUAUCAAUGCACUCUUCAGCUCGGCGGCUCGGAUCAGCUAGGUAACAUCAUGGCAGGUGUCCAGCUCAUCCUACGUAAACACAAUUCGACUCAGCCUUCUCGCAGCGAGCAAAAGGAUGAUAUUCUUCCUGCAUAUGGAAUUACGGUACCCCUGCUGACAACUUCCAACGGAGCCAAAUUUGGCAAGUCGGCCGGCAAUGCCAUCUGGCUCGAUCCAAAGCUACUCUCUGACUACGACCUUUAUCAGUACUUCUGGCGUUCUACUGACGCAGAUGUGCACAAGUUCCUCAAUGCUUUGACCCUUCUGCCGCUCGAGGAAGUAGAACGAAUCAUGCAACGCCAUCGCCAAGAUCCAAGCAAGCGCAUUGCUCAGGAAGCACUUGCUUUGGAGAUUCUCGAACUCGUGAGAGGCCCAAAAGCAGUGCAGCGGGCUCGUGAUGCGCAAAAAGUUCUCUUUGGCUCGGGUCUCGAAUCUUUGAAAGUGCAGGAUAUCAAAGCCGCCUUCGACAAUGACCCUAAAAUGGUCCGCCUGACGCGAGAGGCAUUCGAAGGGGUUGAUAUUCUCGCGAUAUGCGUCACGGCACAGGCAACAAAGUCGAGAGGCGAAGCGCGACGGCUCGUCCACAAUGGAGGAGUAUACCUGAAUAAUGUGGCGGUCAAGGAUACCGCAUUCAAGUUGUCGCAGGACUCACUCCUGAAGGGCGUCUUUUGCGUGCUUCGCAUCGGUAAGUCGGAUCAUCGUAUUUUAGUCGUAGAAUGA